AUGAUCACAUCUCCCACCUUGUCUGCUUCAGAUGGUCAACCUUUAUCUGCUGACAAGAGAAAUCUACAAGGGACAUUGUCUCAUGGUCUUCUGUUUUACACCUGCUACGAAACUUACCCUAACAACCUUUGUGAGUCUGAUUGGGGUAGUUCUAUUAAGGAUCGGAGAUCUACUUUAGGGUUUUGCAUUUAUUUGGGAGGAAACCUUGUUGGUUGGUCCUCCAAGAAGCAGCAUCUGGUUGCUCGCUCCCCUUCAGAUGUUAAGUAUGGCAACAUUGCAAAUGCUGUUGCUGACAUUGCGUGGUUUGUUUCCUUAUUGUCUGAGCUUAGAGAACCAGUAAUUGGAACACCAACCAUCUGGUGUGAAUUACAAAAAUAG